AUGAUUGAGGGAAUGGUGAAGGAUGGUGUUAUUGAACCUUCAUCUAGUCCAUGGUGUUCACCUGUGGUGCUGGUAAAGAAGAAGGACGGCAGCAUGCGGUUUUGUGUUGACUACCGCCGCCUGAACGACGUUACGAAGAAGGACAGCUAUCCCUUGCCUAGAAUUGAUGACACGCUGGACAUGCUCACAGGCGUAAAGUGGUUUAGUACGCUGGACCUGAAAAGUGGCUACUGGCAGGUUGAAAUUGACCCUAAGGACAAGGAGAAAACUGCAUUCUCCACAGGAAAGGGUCUGUGUGUCGGAAGAAGGUAUCCGCACGGAUCCAGAAAUAUUGCCGCUGUCAAGGAGUGGCCGGUUCCAAAAGACAAGACACAGGUUAGAGCAUUUUUGGGUUUGUGCUCUUAUUAUCGGCGAUUUGUGAAGAACUUUGCAGAUAUAGCCAAACCUCUGCACAAGCUAUCCGAGGAGAAGCGACAUUUCUGCUGGGAUGAAAGUUGCGAUAUUGCAUUCCAGGAGCUCAAGAACCGUCUGUGCAAAACACCUAUUUUGGGGUACCCUGAUGCAGGCAAGGAAUUCAUAGUUGACACAGACGCAAGUGAUAUAGGACUUGGCGGUGUGUUGUCUCAACGGAAUGGUGAUCAAGAGAUUGUGAUAGCGUACUUCAGCAAGUCAUUGUCAAAGCCGGAAAGGAACUAUUGUGUCACAAGACGGGAAUUGCUUGCUGUGGUAAAGUCCUUGCAGCAUUUUAGCAAAUAUCUUCUAGGGCGGAAAUUCCACUUACGAACUGACCAUGCUGCACUCAAAUGGCUAUUGCAGUUCAAAAAUCCGGAAGGACAAGUUGCGAGAUGGAUUGAACUACUGCAGGAAUACGACUUUGUAAUCGAACAUCGCAGCGGGAAAUCUCAUGGCAAUGCAGAUGCAUUGUCAAGAAGACCUUGCCCUGAAGAUUGCAAGCAUUGUACUAGGCAAGAGGGUAAGGAAGUGGUAUCUGUGAGAAUGCUCAGGACAGACCAGCUCAGCAAUGAGUGGAAGGACAGCCUACAACAUGCACAGCAGGAAGAUUCGGACAUUAAGCCGAUUCUGGAAUGGAUGAAGGCCAGUGCUCCUAAGCCCAAGUGGAGCGACGUCUCAGCAAUAAGUUCGACCACGAAAAGCUAUUGGGCCCAAUGGGACAGCUUGCUGAUUCAGGAUGGAGUCCUGUGCCGUAAAUGGGAAAAUGGUCGGGGAGACAGAUGUCAUUUGCAAAUGGUUGUCCCUAAGGCUAAAGUACCGGAUGUUCUACAACUGUACCAUAGAAGUUCUUCAGGAGGCCACCUGGGAGUUAAACGAGCUCUCCUGAAGAUCCUGAAGAGAUUUUAUACGUGGUAG